AUGAGCACUCCAUCUGCUCUCGACAGGUACCGCGAAGGAUCCAACAAAGCUAUCAUCUCAAACGACUCCUAUCUCCCCUUGACCUCAGGUGAUACCAUUUCCCGUCCCUCCGACUGUCGUUCCUCCACAACCAUUUCUACAUCUCGCUUCAGUCGACGUUCUCUCGCAGCAAUUGCUCUGGAAAAGACUUCCAACGUUUUUAAUAAUUUAUUGGCCUCUUCACUCACGACCACCUCGCCAAAUCCCUACCUUCGUAAUUCCCCUUCCAGCAACAGCUUGCCCCAGUCGCAAACACAGAAUAUCACUUCUGCCUCUUUUAGUCAACACAACGACCUUGGGGACAAGACCAACGUUUAUAGCAGAGGCUGUGGGAGCUCCGCAAACAACUUUACGUUGACCCUACUUUCCCUGCCCGUUACCCUUACUCCUUCAGCUCCUCUCAAUCAACCCCCAUACCCUCGACGAUAUACCUUGCAGGGAAAUCACGGGUUCGCUCCACUUUUGGGCAGUUCCUAUACUCCUCAAGAAGAAUCAGAAACUGUUAUGUCGAACGGCAAAAUGCACCAAACAUCGUCUCGUUUGUUGCGCAUGACGAGCGAUGAUAGGCCAUUUACAAGAGAUUUCAAAGAUCUCUUUUCAACGCUCAUUGUCAGCCUGAAACUAGAGACACAUCGAGUGCGUUUCUCCAAGUUUGAGCACACCUUCACCGCGGAAGAGGCCAUCAACAAUCUCGGUUCCCUAAAAUUCUCUCAGUCUAAUCGCAUGCCAGAUCCAAAGGAUCCCUCGCGAAUUGUCACGACCACCACCACCACAACUUUUUCCAUGGCCAAAGAGAUGGCCCGAGCUGUAUGUCAACGGUCUGUAGAUGCCAGGUUCAUCGAAUCCGUAGACGGACGGGUAACCACUCAAUUCCCUCUCAAGGGUGCGCUCUUCCAAUUAACCCCAAAGGGCAUCCACAUCUUGCAACGAUUUUGCCAGAGAAAUGGUAUCACUGCCAGACACAUACUGGAUGUGCUUGAAUCGCCUCGGAAUACUAUGCAAUUGGUGAUCCUGGAACGAGAUAGUACCACAGAUCAGAUUUCUCAGGAUCGUGCUACAAUCGAAGUGAUAUUUCGUCGGUUUGCUGGCCAAGAUGGCCCUAAUAUCAAGUCCUCAGUGUCAACUUCGGAUUCGGAUUCCGUGAGUGACUAUUCUAAUGGACUUGUGGGAGUAAAGCUAGCUAGGGAAAGGAAAGUGGGAGAUAAAAUCAUUCACAACACGUUUACGGGGAAAGCGGCAGUGGAUUGGUUGAUGGACUGCUGCACAAUUAUAGACCGUCUGGAAACGUUUGAGAUUGCCACGAUGUUCGUAAAACAGGGCUUGAUAAGCGUGGUCUUCGAGGACAAGAAUUUUAUUCAGCAAAAUCCCGAUGCUACACUUUUCCAACCUACCAAAUAUGCCAUUUAUGCAGUGACUGAGCGAGGUUCGCGGAUAUGUGGAUGGAUCGCACGGGAAAAACCCGUGGUUUCUACAUUCGAUGGACGAAUUGCGCCUCGAGAUUCAAACAAUGCUCGCUUAAACAAUAUCCUGCAAGAUCCCGCGUUGCGAUUACUAUUCAGGGAAUUCUUGCGCUAUUCCCUCUGCGAGGAGAAUCUAUCGUUUUACCUCGACGUUUCCGAAUUUACAGCGGACUAUCACCGGAGAGAAAAAGCUGGUUCAUUCGCGAAAAUGGAUGCCGUUCGUGAAACCCUCGCUAGUGCAUAUGGCUUAUACAACGCUUUCCUUGCCCCUGGAUCUCCCUGCGAGCUGAAUAUCGAGCAUGCUCUGCGAAACAGUCUUGCUAGCCGCAUGACACGUGCCGUUGGCGACGACGCAUCAAUGCUGAAGAGCUUAACUGAAGUCGUGGGCCUUUUCGAGCUUGCCCAGAUUUCCGUCUUCAAGCUUAUGUCAAGCGAUUCCGUUCCGAAAUUUGUGCGCGAUCCAAAGUACGCUGUUGUAUUACAGGACCAUGACGUCGAGCUAAACAAUCCCUCUGGCCGGUCAUACUCUCCCACUGCUGCUCCCAUCCCUGAACGCUCCUUAAGCCGAUCUACAAAAUCAUGA